AUGCGUAUUCUCAACAUUGCAGAAAAGCCAUCUGUAGCGAGAGAGGUGUCAAAUAUCUUAUCUCAGGGGCAAUUACGUGCUAGAAAAGGAGAAUCUCAGUAUAAUCCAAUCUACGAGUUUCGUUGCCAUGUUUUGUCACAAAGCGAUGAGAUGGUGUUUUCUUCGAUGACAGGACAUAUGAUGGAGUUGGAUUUUCCUGACACAUACCAAUCGUGGAGGGCGGUAGAUCCCGCGUCACUUUUCCAAGCUCCUGUCUUCAAGUCCGUGAACCCCAAAAUGAAGGCUAUAUACAAACAAAUUCAAAACGAAGGCAGGAAGUGUCAAGCGCUCUGUCUUUGGCUGGAUUGUGAUCGUGAAGGCGAGAACAUUGCAUUCGAAGUGAUCGAUUGUGUGAAAAAGGUAAACGCCUCCGUGAUGAUCUACCAUAUCCUCUACACCCUUGCAAUGAUUUUCAUUCCUUCACUGCACGAGCCCACUUCUCCGCCCUCAUCCCUUCCGACAUUUGGAACGCUGUCCGCACGCUCACCCCUCCCGAUGAGAAUCAAUCCAAAGCCGCGGACGCGCGCCAGGAAAUCGAUCUCCGAAUCGGCUGCGUCUUCACUCGCUUCCAAACCCUGCUGCUCCACAACGCCGCUCCUGAGGUGUCCAACACAAUCUCCUACGGUCCUUGCCAGUUUCCGACGCUGGGCUUCGUCGUGGAACGCUAUUUGCAGCGACAAAACUUCGUCCCCGAGCCCGAUCGACCAUGCGAGUCAAGGAACGAAUCAAAUCGUGAAGCUGAAAUGGGCGCGAAACCAUUUGUUCGAUAAAUUAGUGGUCGCUACCUUGUUUUCGCUCAUCGCAAACGAAAAGAAAGGCGUGGUGUUGCAAAUGAACGAGCGAAAGAAAAGCAAGUUCAAGCCGCUUCCUCUCAAUACCGUCGAACUGCAAAAGCGAGUCGCACGCCACUUGAAAAUCAGCUCCGAAGAAACGAUGAAGAUCUGCGAAGCUCUCUAUCAGAAGGGUUUCAUCAGGUACGAACCGAAUCCACCGCUGAUUGGCAGCUAUCCUCGAACGGAAACCGCGGUUUUCGCCGCGGGAACCGACUUCCAGAGUUUGAUUCAAGUGCAGAGCGGCGCGAGCGACUGGGGAACCUACGCGCAGAAGCUUUUAGGCGGGGACUUCGCGCCGCCUCGCGCGGGGAAAGGCGACGACCACGCGCACCCUCCGAUCCACCCAACGAAACUCCUGGAGCGCGUGAACGCGGGGAGCAUCGGUGGCGGAUUUGAUGCAUCGCGCGUGUUUGCGAUUUACGAGUACAUAACGCGGCACUUUCUGGCGAGCUGCAGUCGCGACAGCGUUCUGUCGGAGACGGAGCUGCAAGUGGGGAUCGGGACGGAGCUGUUUUCGGCGAAAGGGACGAUCAUUCGCGAGCGAAACUAUUUGGACGUGUUCAAAUACGAGCGGUUGAACGAGAACACGCUGCCGUCGUUCGUGGUCGGCGAGGCCGUGGAAGUGGCGAGUUUGGGCGUCGAGGAAAGCACCACCGCUCCCGAGCUGCUCUCCGAGCCCGAGCUCAUCGCGUUGAUGGAUAAAGAGGGAAUUGGGACCGACGCGACCAUCUCGGAGCACAUCGCGACCAUCCAGAACCGCGACUACGCGAAGAAAACGCCCGCCAAUCGGUUCACUCCGACGAACAUCGGGCUGGCGUUGGUGGAAACGUACAUGUACCUCCAGUACCCGCUGUACAAGCCGUAUCUACGCGCGCACAUGGAGCGCGAGUGCACGGCGAUCAGCGAGGGGAAGGUGCACUUCCAAGAAGUCGUGGACAGCUGCAUCGGCGAGAUGUCGCUCGUCUACCAGGACGUGAACGCGAAGAAGGACGUCUUCCGCGACACCUUCGUCCAGUUCUUAAACAAGCGGAUCCCCGAGCUGGCGCUGCCCGUCGCCUCCGUCGCCGCGCUGGUCACCGAGCAUCUGAUUCCCUGCGUCCAAUGCGGCGGCGACCUCAACCUCAUGGCGCAGAAGAAAGGAGAAACCGUGGUUCGGUUUCUGCAAUGCCCCACGUGCGGCAACUCGCUGUCUCUCCCUCCCAAAGGCGCCAUCGUCCCGCAGUCCUCGCGCUGCCCCAUCUGCGCGUACUCGCUUCUGCAGAUCCGCAGCGACAAGCCGGGAACCGACGGCUUCUUCGUCUGUCCGUUCUGCUACUCCAACCCUUCUUCGCGCAACCAACUCGACAUCGAGAGCCUCCCUCUCGGCUUCACGCUGCCCUGCUUCAAAUGCAGACACGCCUGCCCCUUCGCCAGUUUCAUUCCGUUCCACGUUUCCACCUAG